AUGGCCCGUUUCUCCGGGAUAAUCCGGGCCAAACCGAACUGGUGGGAGAAGGUGCACGACGCGGAGCUCGUCGCGAAGUGGCGCGCCGAGAUGGUCGAGCGGGAUCGCGUCUCCGUCGAUAGCCUCUGGAGCGGUGAGGGACGCUUCGAGUACGGGGACGGCGAGAAGCAGUGGCCGCGCGACCCCCUCACGGACGCGCAGCUGGACUAUAUCUUUGCCCAGCUCAAGCACGAGGCUGACCAACGCGACCCGGCCACGGGCAUCUAUGCGGCGGCAGUUCCGAAGGUUUACGAAUCCCGAAGCCUCGUGCCCGCGGACUUGAAGGCCACCCUCAUUGCAGGCGUGUCUGUCCUCGAGAACGUCCCAGAUGACAAGAAGGAUUGGCACCCGGGAUCUAACGAACAGGUCCUGGAUCUCGUUCACCCCUCGCUCUACUGUCUGCGCAUCCGCCACUCCUACGUCCGCACUACCGGCGUUCCCGCAGGCGCGAGUCCUGUACACGUUAUCACCGAGGACGAGUACAAUGCGCAGCGACCUGAUUUCGGAAAGUACAGAGACACCGACGCGGAGUACGCCAUCUCGCCGCUGUACCAAUGGCUCCCUACAGACUUCGCCGUGUCCGAGGUCGGCGACGUCAAGGCCCUAUCUUACAUCAACAACCUCCACCCCAUCCAGCACCGUGCGCUCUACCCCGCGAUCUCCUCCAUUCUCGCGCGCUUCGUGCCUCUCUUCGAGAAGGUGCUUUCGGAUACUCUCAGUCCGGAGCCCCCGCUGGCCAUCACUGUCGAUCCGAACAGCUGGUACGACCAUGUGCCGGAUUACUCCGAUAAUGGCGAGGCUGCGGACGGGGAAAUGGACGGAUGGGAGAAGUGGGAUCUCGAGAUGAAGUGGCCGCAAGUCCCCGACCCCGAACCCUUCUCUCCUCCAAAGGCGGAUGGACGCGUUGAGCUCAAGCUCGGCGGACGCACCGUGCAGGUGAUCGUGAAGCUCGCGAACAUAGUUCUCACCCCGGAGCGCCCGGAGUACCCCGGCGGGUCAUGGCACGUCGAGGGCAUGGCGAACGAGAAGAUCGUAGCGACGGGUCUGUAUUACUACGCAUCUGAGAACAUCACGGAGUCGCGGCUUGACUUCCGCACCGUCGUCGGCGAGGGCUCGGACAACGGCGUGUGGAUGCCGUACGAGCAGAGCGACGACAAGGGGUACAACACCGUGUACGGCUUUGGCGGAGGCAAAGCGCUCAACCAGGAGCUCGGGCACAUCGUCGCAGAGGAGGGCAAGUGCAUCGCGUUCCCGAACAUCUACCAGCACCGUGUGGACGACUUCGAGCUUGCGGACCGCACCAAGCCCGGGUACCGGAAGAUCCUGUGUUUCUUCUUGGUCGACCCACUCACGCGAAUCAUGUCGACAACCGACGUCCCGCCCCAGCAAGCGGAGUGGUCAAUGGCCGAGAUGCUACGCGUUCCCGCAAUGCAGGGCUUACCUGUAGAACUCUUUGACAUGGUCGCAGAUUAUGCUACUACGGGGACGAUGUCUCGGGAGGAGGCAGAGGAGCAUCGCAAAGGGCUUAUGGCGGAGAGGGCGAACUUCGUGGUGCAGCAUAACGAGGGGGUAUUCGAACUGGAGUUCAAUAUGUGCGAGCACUGA